CAUCUCCCUAUUCUUCUUCAAUUAACUAUUGUGCACCCUAAUGCGUUUAGGGUUUUUUGCAAUUAAGCUUACUUCGUAAGUUUAUUUUGUAUAACUUUUUGUUUUGAUUUGUGAUUUUUAUGAUAUUAACUAAUUUAUGGUUUUAUUGCAGUUGACAUUCCGACAGUUCACGCUUGGGUUACAAUGGAAUGGUUAUACAGAAGAGACCCAAAAGGGGGUACGUUACGUCGAUGGUAAAUUUCAUAAAGUGAAGGUCGCUAAGAGACCGAACCUUGAAGAGCUCCAUAAAAUGUGUAUUGAGGUUACUUGCAUGGAUGGCACGAGGAGAGUGGAUCGUAUGGUGUAUCGAUAUCCAAACAGACAUGGCGGGUCGUUGUGGCAUGAGGAAUUCCUCAUAACCACUCAGGCCGAAGUAGAUGCCAUGCUUGAAUUUUUUGAACGCCAAUAAUGUUUCUAAAGCAGAGAUGUUCGUUUACACCUGCCAUCCACCUGCGGUCAAAGGCGGUGGAUGUCAUUCUGGAUAUGGCCAAACAUCUGGUUACCUUGGUGGAGAUGGAAUAUAUGAAGAUCAUCCUUAUCAAGGUUAUCAUGAUCCUCAUUCUUACCAUGAGUACCAAGAAGGUGGUGAAUAUCAUCAUCAAUCAUUCCCAUCGUAUGAAGAAGAAAUCCAACGGUACCAUGAUCACCAAGAAGAAGGCUACCAGUACCAACCCGAGUACAACUUCCAUUCAGGCGGUGGUAGUUUUCACAACUACCAUUACGGAGCUAAUGAAGGUGCAUUUCAUGAUCUGGAUCAGAUGGAAGAUGUCCUGCCAGCACCAGUUAAUAAACCCUCCUACGACGAAGAAGAAGAAGAAGAAGAAGAAGAAGAAGAAGAAGAAGAAGAAGAAGAAGAAGAAGAAGAAGAAGGCAAUCUCAGUGCAGAUAGCUCCGACCCUCUUGAAGGUGCUUAUGAUUCAGACCCAGAGUCAGACUCAAAUGAUGAUGAGGUGUCUCGUGACCGUGUACCUAUCUUGUACUACAGUCACAUUCCAAAUGAGAAUUGGUAUGUCGACGCUGACAUGGAGUCGCCAGAGGUGCAAUUAUGGGGUCCACUCACUAGGUUUACGAAGGGCCAACAAUUUGGUUCGAAGAAAGAGGUGCGACAUGCUAUUGAGGCUGAAGCAAUGACUCGGAGUUUUGAAUAGCGUACAACUAAUUCCAACGCGAACAAGCUCAUUGUUAGACGUCGAAAUCAACACGAGGGACGCAAGGCUAGGGUCCAUGCCAUCAACAACAAGAGAGUUGGAUAUUGGGUCAUAUCCCGUGCGGUUAACACUCACACAUGAAUUUAUUCAACUUCUCAGGCCAAUCAUCAGCUCCUUGGCGACCAUCUCGGUGGUGGAAAGCCUGUUGACUUCCGGGGACUUCCAGAGGCAUGCAUUGCUCCCGACCAAAUUGUCAUAAGCAUCGAUCGAUCAGAUGCCACUCCAUAAUAUGGUGACAAAUGAGAGGGACUCUCGCGCACCAUUGAUUUUCAUGCCUAGGGAAUUGUUUCAAAUGACAGUUAACGAUGUUCUCAGGAUAAGGAGCGUAUAUGAUCUACAAAGGUUAUGAUGACAUAAAGUUAAAUGUAGUUGUAACAUACAUGUCGUUAAUAACAAGUGAAGAAGUGUUGAAUUAUUAUAGUUACCUCUCCUUCGCAAAGUCUCUUUAGCCUCCUACGAUACUCUGUCAACUUGUGAUCGGAAAGGUUGUCGCAUGUUGUGGCUCCAACCCACCUUAUUAAUAAGGACAAUAAUAAAAUGUUAUAAUCAAAUAACUCACUAAUGGGUUAUGGAAAGCAUGAGUGGGUAUGAGUAGUUUACCACCAACCAUAAGCUUCGAGUCGUAGGGGAUGAUUGGGACCCCAAUCCUUGUCGAGAGGUUGGACCGGUGCAAUCCAUGGCAGAUGCUGCCAUGCCCAAAACUGGACAAUGAACAUUGCUCUGCCAACCUCCUUCGCGGCUUUGAGAGAUGCAUUACAUAAAUGGUGGGAGAUAUGAGCUAGGCAAGCGGAUGCCCAGCUCAAAUUCCCCAUCGCAUCCCAAUCACCAAGGAGGAUCCCCAGCCACCCAUAGCUAAUUAAAUUUUUGGAUUUCUUGAGGAAGAAUACUCCUCCGAUCAUACCUAUGAGAUAGACACAAGCAUAUCUUUCCUUCUCAAACUCUGAACUUUCCUCGGUUAAGGGGAUCCCACCUUGUGUUGGGUCGGGUCGGUUCCUGAUAUCCCUAGUCAACUAAGUGAUUGAUACUUGACGCUUCCUCAAUGGUGCAUUGCGAUCUUCCGCAUCAACGCUUUCCUUGACUGGCACUCGGAGGCCCAAAACUCUGUAGAUAAAAUGCUGCCAAUCGGUCAUCCCACCAACAUCUGGUGGUGCACGACCGCUUACACAUACCGCAUUGCCGUCGAUGGGCAGAUGAGUUAGGAUGGAGACAUCCUUUAGUGUGAUGGUGCACUCUCCUUCACGAAAACUGAAGCAAUGUGUCUCCUUUCGCCAUCUCUCCACCAAUACGGUGAUGAGUUGACGUUCGAUCUUUAUCCCAUAGAAGGGCCUAAUCGACUCCAACCUUGCCCAUUUGAAAUAGGGCAAGAUUACGUCGUUAUAUGCGAGCACAUUGGUCGUACCCCUAUAGCGGAUUGCAUGUUAUGCAUCCUAGAGAAAAAUUUAACUAUCCCCAUAAGUAUACUAUAAUAAACAAUUAUAAAUUUAUUAUAACAAAUAGUUUAAAUAAACAAUAAUUUAAUCGAAGGACAAUGCACAUUGAAAACAGUAAUAAACAGUUUAAAUAAAC